UAAACGUCAGAUUUUCUCAGCAGCCGUCGCAUCCUUCCUCCAGUGCUACCGCUAGCCAGCUAAUAAUGGAGUAGCAAGCAAGUCAUUUUUUUCCGGAAUAAAUUACGUUUUCAUUUUAAGAAAGUAUGUUAUUUUUUCGAAAAGCUUAUUUGAAAAAGUUAACUUUAGUUUUUUCCCGUGCCAUCCCGCUUCCUAGAAGACAAAAUUCCCUGUAUGCACGUCGGUAACCGAGCGGGUUUAGCGACUCCGUUCGUUUUGACAGUGAAGAGGCUCAUCUGCCCCUCCGCUGCUGCUCCGUCAGCGGGGAUUUGGACAAAGCCGUUCAGAUGUUGGACGAUAGAAAAUAUAAUCGGAGCUGGGAUGUUUUUACUCCGAGUUUUGACAUGAAAUUAUCAAGGUGAUCAUUAUCCCUGAAAGCGACGGCAUUAGGAGAGAAAGGCUUAUUUUCGGACGGCGAGAGUUGGGAUCUCGCACCGAGGGAAGGAGGAGGAGAGACCCGCAGAGAAGAAGGGACGUAGAGGGCUGAAAUCCUGAUGCCAGUAAUGGCAAACGAGCCGAUCAUCUUAAACGUUUAUGAUAUGUACUGGAUCAAUGAGUUCACCAGCUCUCUGGGCAUCGGAGUCUUUCACUCAGGGAUCGAGAUCUAUGGAAGAGAGUUUGCCUAUGGAGGACAUCCGUACCCAUUCUCAGGAAUCUUUGAGAUUACUCCAGGAGAUGCAACUGAACUUGGCGAGACUUUUAAGUUCAAAGAAGCCAUAGUCUUGGGAAGUACGGACUUCACAGAGGACGAUGUGGAGAGGAUUGUGGAAGAGAUGGGAAAGGAGUAUAAAGGCAACGCCUACCACCUCAUGCACAAGAACUGCAACCACUUCUCCUCAGCAUUGUCAGAGAUCCUGUGUGGCAGGGAGAUCCCUCGCUGGGUCAACCGCCUGGCUUACUUCAGCUCCUGCGUGCCAUUCCUCCAGACCUGCCUGCCCAAAGAGUGGCUGACCCCAGCUGCCUUACAGUCCAGCGUGAGCCAGGAGCUUCACGGAGGAGGCGGAGAGCUGGAAGAGGCAGAGGAUGCCGCAGCAACAGCCUCUCUAGCCUCCAUGUCGCCCUGCUCACCUUCGUCUUCCUCCAGCCCUUCCUCCUUGCCUCGUCAUAGCCGCCACCAGCCCCGCCGGUAGAAGCUGCGAGGUCUGCUGGUAAACUCGGGACUCGUGGUUACAGAGACGGUAACGUAACAGAAUACCUGCAGCAGCCGAUGAGUUCAGCUACAGCCAAAAAUCCUGCCACGCUGCCCUCGUGCAAGUUUGGGAACCUCUGCCUGCUCUGGGUAAUGUGAAGCAAAUCUCUGCAGCGGUCCAGAGCCGUGAAAGGCUUUUUUUAUGCUGACAAAGAAAACUAACUUCUUUCACAUCCCUUUUUAAAAAAGGGUCUGUUGUUUUACUUGCCACGAACUUACCCACCACAUCCAGGCAAUGGUGCUGGUCUCUAACUUGUUGCAGGCAGAGAACACAGGUUUGGUUCAGUUUGUCACUUUGAAUGUGACAAUUUGAUUAGAUUGCUUUUUAUUCCACAAAUAUUCUAGCAGAUGUUGAUGGGUUUGGCAUCACCAUUUGUCACUAGUUUUCCACUCAUAGGAAGUGAAUAAUCAGACUGAUGGAGCUGAUUUAUGAGGGAGACGUCACAAUCCCAGCAUGGUCUGAGGAAGUCAUUGAUACUCUUCAUCAAGAGGCUUUAGGUGAGGGGUGGAGGGUAAGGUUUAAGUAAUUGGUUCAUGCAUGACGUGGGUCAUCUCAAUAAAUCCUGAAGAGAUUUUGUGCAGCUAAAAUUUUUGUUAUAAGGGGUUAAAGUUACCAUAAACUGAACAACAAUCUGUGGGUGGUAAAUGUUUUGUUUGCAAGCAACUCCAUUUAAGAUAUCCUGAACUAUCAGCUGCUAAAAUUCUGAAAAGUAGCCUGAAACACAUGAUCAGGAUCUCAGCCUUUUUAUUUUUCUAUCACAAGCCAGCUGGACAUGUGAUCCGUUUAAACCAGAACUACAAUCAGACUAAUCCGGUGACAGUGUCAGUCAAUAAGAUGCCUUGGAUUAGUACAGCUGUUUAUUUUAAUUUGUGUGUUUUCUCUUCUUUGAUGUCAAACCUGUAGCAGCUGUUCAGACCCUCCCUCCAACAUGGAAUAACCACACCUGAUGUGAUCAAGGUGAAGCAGAUAAUCAACAAUUUGUGGCAACUUAGUUCUUGAUCUGUUAUGUAAAAAUGUUUCUAAAUUUAAGAAAUAGACUGUAAUGCAGGAAGUGAUUUAGAAGUUAAGACGCUUUUCUCUGUAGCUGUUGCCACGGUGCCUUUGAGCAAGGUACCUUGGCUUAGUAAAGCUGUGUUGAACCGGGCAGCAGAGGGUAGUGUGUAAAUGUAAAAACAAAGAGUAGAUUGAGAUUUAAGCUCCCUCUGAGGACAUGAUGUCAGUGUGUAACGUGCCUGCAGAGGACAUUCCUUUUAAACUGACCCGAGAUCAGCCUGCACUCCUAACUCACAUUUGGUUUCCACUAACGGAGCGACGCGUGCUGGUGCUCAUAGGCAGCAUCCCAAAAUCUUUGAAGUUUUGUAAUCUUAUAUUUUUAUUGAUUCCAUGUGGGAGGGGGGAAAACUUGCUGAUAUCAUGUUUUUACUCAAACAAGUGUUUUCUUAUAAAUAUAAUUUUACAUUUUACAGGAAGAUGCUACUUUUCCUGAACGACGAGCACCUCAUUCUCUGUACGUGCUGUUAACAACAAAUAUGCUGCAGAAUGUUUUGUUCCAAACAACCACCGAAGGACAUUUUUACAGUCGAAUUUGAAAAAUCUUGUUUCUGUUAUUUAAAUUUAUUUCCAUGUCAUAAGGACUCUGGCCUUUUUUCUGUUUAAUGUUUGAUAAACUCAGGACUGUAAAAGGCUUUGUAAUAUAAUCCUUUAAAUGUAUUUUUUUUUUUAUCUAAAGUUUAUAUUUCUGUUGAGUGUUUGCUUUUGGUUUUAUGUCUUUCUAAUCACUCAGUAGAGCUUUAUGAUGACUUGGUGCAGUUUUAUACUCCCCCUUGUUUAGGGAAAAGGAAAGAAAAAAACAACUCCUAUUUACAUUCAGUUUGUUUGUGUUGCUUUUUGUUUUGUUUGCAUGAAAG